AUGCCACCAUGCAUGGGUGAUGCAGACCGCUUCAGCCUGGAGGCCCUCCGGGUCAUUCACAAACAGCUGGACGACGACAAUGACGGGGGGAUUGAGGUCAAUGAGAGUGUAGAGGUGCGUAAUACUAAUACAGUAUUAGUCUAUGUAAUGAUCUGGUCAUCUCUGUUACCUGGUCAUUUCUGUUACCAAGUUGUUUGUGUCACCAAAUCAUGUGUGUUACUUGGUCAUUUUUCAAGUCAUCACUGUUACCAAGUCACUUCUGUUACCAAGUCCUUUCUGUUACCAUUGCCAAGUCAUUUCUGUUACCUGGUCAUUUCCGUUACAAAGUUAUUUCUGUUUCUGUUAGUAUUCUUUCGAGUAGGCAUCUUUAAAGGUGGAAUGCUUUGUGGCUUUUGGGUUGAAUUGAACUGGGCCUUAGUCUCAUAAACAACCCUAUAAACUCAUGGUAAAAUGUUUACAAGCCAUUAAUCAGCUUAGGAAGCUAGUGGGGAGAUAGUGGAGAGAAGAGAGGGAGAGAUAGAAAAAAGAGAGAAUGAGAAUAUGGUAGGCCUUUUUCAGUGUGUUUGACAGUAAGACCUGACCUGCUCUGAUCUGUACCCUAUCAUAAUCAACGCCCCCUUAGUUUAAAGGCCCGAUGCAGCCAUUUUAUAUCAAUAUAAAAUAAUUUAUUGGUUACAGUUAAGUACCUUACUAGCUAGGUUUCUAUCCAUUUGGCGACACAUUUUCAUGUGAAUAUUCCCACUUUUACAGUGUUAGUUUCAUCAGAUGUUGUACAAUAUGAUACAAAACACAGGAAAAACUGAAUUCUGACUGCACUCGGCCUUGGGUCAGAUUCUCUCUCUGUGUGUGCGCCAGGAGUCAUUUUUAACUCGUAGAGCUGCAGUGUGAGAAACUGUUAUACCAUCGCCCUUGGCCCAGGGUGCGUCUCAGAAGAGCCGGUGGCCGGCUGUUUACGGGCCCGUUUAAGGCCCCUAAGAGCAGAGGUGUUGGAGCUGGCCCCCGUCCGAGGACGUGUGUUUGUGUUUGUGUGUGUGUGUGUGUGUGUGUGUGUGUGUGUGUGUGUGUGUGUGUGUGUGUGUGUGUGUGUGUGUGUGUGUGUGUGUGUGUGUGUGUGUGUGUGUGUGUGUGUGUGUGUGUGUAUGUAUGUAUGUAUGUAUGUAUGUAUGUAUGUGUGAGUGUGUGAGAGAGAAUCAGAGUAUGUGUGUACGUACAUACGUAUGUGUGUGUGUGUGCUUGCGAGUAUAUGUACACAUACAUCUAUUGUGUGUGUGUGUGUGUGUGUGUACACAUUUGUGUUUGUGUGUCCAUGCAUGUGUGUGACGGGGGAUGACGGAGCAAGAUUCUGCCCUUCGACCUUAUAAGGGCAAAGAGAAGCUGCGAAAAAAAAAAAAAAAGUUGUUCUUUGCGGCGGGGGUCACCAGAAUGAUUUAGGAGCUCUUCUCUUCUGGAGUGCAAGAAGGCAAAGCGUUGCCCAUUUUGCCAAGCCUUGAGCUGUUCUCAGAUCAGAUUUGAAGCCCUUAAGAGUACUGUUGGAGCUGAUCCUAGAUCAGUACCCAGGGGAAACUUGACCCUGGAGUAUGUGACUAUUCACCGGGACAUUGUUGCAUAUUGGAUUUACACGCUCAGACCCACGUGACUGUCCCUGCUCUUUUCUCUUAUAUCAUGCUGUAUCAAUAGCAGAACAGUCUUUGAAAGUUCACACAAUUAUAUAGACCUUUCCCAGAACUUGUUUGUCAAAAUGUGUUUGCUUCUUUCAUUAUUGAAGAAAUGAUUAAAUGCCUUUUGGGGAUUUUGUCAGGAAAGUGUUACAUUUUUUAAUGGACGAAGUUUGACUGACUUUAUGUUUUUGAUUAAAUUGAGUCUGUUUUUAAUUAAUAGCCCAAGCAGUGUGACGAGAAUAGUCCAUGUGUGACCUCAGAGUUAAACUCCUUUAUGACUCAUUGGUUACUGUCAUGACUGUAACCUCCAUCCCUCUUCCUGGCAGUGGUGAGGUAACAGGGUUGACAAUGACAGUGAUGGGGGUGACGGUGCUGUGGAUAGUGGCAGGUGAGGUGAUGAGGGUUGGGGAAAGGUCAAUUUGGGGACGUCCUCACCCCCUGUAACCAACAUCUGGCCCAGAAAACCUUACAAACCCCAAAACCCCCUCACCUCCCAACACCAACCCCCCACAAUGUGACAGUGACACCACCAGCAUUUCCUCUCUACACACACACACACACACUUUGCCCACCUCGGAAUCUCCCCCCCCCACUCCCCAACACCUGAGACGCUGGUCCUGGAGGUCAUCGUAAUGUUAUAUCACUGAGUAAUAUUCAGUUUUUCAUAACGUGCAUUUCUGAGAUUCUUUGACCAUUCCAGUACAUAAAGAUGACGAGUGGCCAUGUUGUCACAUAGAGAGAAAGGGGAGAGAUAUACGGUGACAAUAUCACCAGUGGCAGUAGUGAGAAGGUUAUAGUAUAGGGCUACUGUCUACGAUUGCCUGUUUGACUGAGGAAGAGUUGGGCCUCAGUCAGCAAAGUUGUAUUCAGGUAGAUUCACAAUUUUAUUGACUUGGAUUAUUUAUAUAAUUAUGCGUGCUCUCUCAGACACAAACACACACACAUGCGCACGCACACACAUGCACACACAAGGGCAUAAUUUAUUGAAAGACAGCUUGGCGAGAUGCUGACUUGUGGCAUUGGUCACAACUAGAGGAUCCAUGGCUAGAUAUUCAGACCUCCUAAAAACACACACACACACCGCUAACACACUAGCCCCCCACCCCCCACCCCCUGUCCCACCCAGCCCUUCAACACACACUCAGACGGGGUCUAAAAAGCCCCCCCCUCUUUGUCGCCUUCAAGGUGUUUUGGAAAGUAACUCACUCAUUUCACCUUGGUACUAUAUAAUAAGAAACCAAGUUGCUAUGCUGUGGUGUCUGUAAAACUUAAUAAACAGACAAGGUUUUAAGAAGAGUAUAACAUAACUAUAUAAAACAAAAAUACAUUUUUAAUGAUCAGAAUAUACAUGUUUUUGAUUAGCACGGCAUGUCUUCAGUUCUUCAGUGGGGUUUACACCUUGGUGGAUUAGAAUAUGGAGAGAAGGAGGGGAGGCGGAGGGGUUUAGUGGUGUGCUGAGGCCUGUUGCAGAGGUGAGGUCGGUCGGACGCCAGGAACGGCAGCUGCGCUGCACUCAUUGGCUGUGGCUCUUCUAUCUGCUAAGGAGACACUUUACAAGAUCAGGUUCCAUCUCUUUGAAAUAGCAAGAACAGAAUUCACGUCACACAGAAAGGGGUGUGUGUGCAUGCCUGAGAAGAGAGAGUUGCAGUACUCGAUUAGCCCUUGAUGGGUCACAGUUGACAUCUUGAGAAAACACAGGUGUGUGCGUACGUGUCUAUAUGAACACAGAUGUCUUGAGGAGAGCAGAGCAGGCCCUAUCUAUAGAAAAGUGAAAGCCUUGAAAGGUUCUAGAAGGUUGACAGUGUUUAAGUUUCCCAGUAGAUUGGCUGCUGGUGGAGAGAGAGAAGUGCUCCCCGACCCAAAGACAGUCCAAAUAUUUUACCCCCAUCACUUGGAAUCAGAUCCGAAGGUCCAGGCAAUGUCUUCUUUGAGACCACUGCUGAUCUCUGUGUGUGUGCGCGCGCAUGUGUAUGCAAUGCGUGCUAGUGUGUGUGUUUGUGUGUGUAAGCCCAUUUCCCUCCAUUAUCUGGAGAUGUCUGAACACAAGUAGUUGAACACAAGACACAGAUAGUCAGUGACCCAUCCAAGCAAACCAAAUAUAUAUAUUAUUUUGCACAAUGUCUUCAAUCAUAUCUUAAUGAAUUAAUCUAUUAUUUCAAAACCCAUUUACUACCCUACGGCGUUAGUGUAAAAAGUGGUUUUCAGUUAUAAUUCUGAAUGACUUGGUCAAGAGCAAUAUUAAGAUAUUGGCAAACUUUUCAAUUUACAGACAUGAUUGAGUUUAUGAUCAUUGGUUGUCUUCUGUCAUGGUGACUGACAGACUGAACAACAUAGACUGAGACAAAAACAGAGGAAGAAAGAGACAGAAAGAGGGGGUCUGUGAUCAUAAAACAGAUGGAGUUUGAGGGAGGGAGGGAGGGAAAGAGAUGAAGAAAGAGAGAGAUGGAUGGAUAGAGACAAAAAGAGAGAGUGAGAUGGAUGGAGCGAGAGAUGGAUAGAGACAGACAGAUGAAGAGAAAGACGGUUGUAUAAGAAGGUUCAGUAGAUACUGUAUCAGUAGUGAGUUACAGUAAGUUGUUAGAAAGGGCAGGAGAGGCUCAUGGGAAGACUCAUUUGACCCAUCUGGAAUCUACCUCCGAUAACAAGCCCUUUGUUUACGGUAUACUGUGUGUGCGUGUGUGCGUGUGUGCGUGUGUAUUAUCCUCCUGUCCGUGUGAGAUGAUAAUGUCCUGGUCAUAUGUCAGGUGACUUAGCUACCAAAUUACUUAUUUUCAAAAAUGCCAAUUGGAUAACAUCAAUAGCAAACAAACGGAAGUUGUGCAAUUUGUCAAUGUGUUUGUUAACAAAUAAACGUCCACUUAUGACAUUUAUCAAUGUGUUUGCGAGGAAAAACACUUCAACUGAACUGGAUCAAUAAUAUUGUUUGUUCUAGCUCAGACACACCGGUAGGAUUGUCAAAUGUUUGCCUGCCGACUGUACUUAUCACCUCUGAACACAGUGUCAUGACGUGACUUAACAUUAAUCGGAUGACUUAUUUCUCUAAUUAACUAACUAUGUUUAAUUGUUACCUGAUUAAAUUAAUCAUGUAAUAAUUAACUCAUUAGGAUUUGGGGCACCACAGGAUAAUUUGUUUAACAAGUUACCAUCUCCCGAAUUAACUCCAGAAGAUAUAUAGAUAUCUCUUAUGUCAAUAACAGUCACUUAGUCAUUACCUCAUAACAAAUAAUUCUGAACGUCGCAUAGUCCUUGCAUACGCACAAACCCCAGCCUUACUGAUCAUUCCGUACCACACAAAUUGGUUUAAUUAUUUAUUUACUAAGUAACUAAAUGAUUACACAGGAUACACACACACACACAUACACGGGUUAGUUAGGUUAUUGAUUAGAAACUUAAUACAAUGGAAACAGGUCCCUAGUGGACUAACACAUGACUGCUUGUUCACCGAAAGAUGGAGGAGUAAAAAGAGAGAAAGAGAACCACAACACUACGCUCACGGUAAUCAUAAUAAUUUGCACCCUAACCGCCGCCUAUUUGGAGAAGAAGUCAUGGAUGUAUUUACGUGUCUGAAUGUCUUCCUUCGUCAUUUUAUCUCUGUACAAAAGUGGUCAGAUGACGCAGAUGCUAAGCUACAGGGCUGUUUUGCUAGCACAAACUGGAAUAUGUUCCGGGAUUCUUCAGAUAGCAUUGAGGAGUACACCACAUCAGUCACUGGCUUCAUCAAUAAGUGCAUCGACGUCGUCCCCACAGUGACCGUACGUACAUACCCCAACCAGAAGCCAUGGAUUACAGGCAACAUCCGCACUGAGCUAAAGGCUAGAGCUGCCGCUUUCAAGGAGCGGGACUCUAACCCGGACGCUUAUAAGAAAUCCCGCUAUGCCCUCCAACGAACCAUCAAACAGGCAAAGAGUCAAUACAGGACUAAGAUUGAAUCGUACUACACUGGCUCUGACGCUCGUCGGAUGUGGCAGGGCUUGAAAACUAUUACAGACUACAAAGGGAAGCACAGCCGCGAGCUGCCCAGUGACACAAGCCUACCAGACGAGCUAAAUCACUCGCUUCGAGGCAAGCAACACUGAAGCAUGCAUGAGAGCACCAGCUGUUCCGGAUGACUAUGUGAUCACGCUCUCCGUAGCCGAUGUGAGUAAGACUUUUAAGCAGGUCAACAUUCACAAGGCCGCAAGGCCAGAUGGAUUACCAGGACGUGUACUCCGAGAAUGUGCUGACCAAACUGGCAAGUGUCUUCGCUGACAUUUUCAACAUGUCCCUGACUGAGUCUGUAAUACCAACAUGUUUCAAGCAGACCACCAUAGUCCCUGUGCCCAAGGACUCUAAGGUAACCUGCCUAAAUGACUACCGACCCAUAGCACUCACGUCUGUAGCCAUGAAGUGCUUUGAAAGGCUGGUCAUGGCUCACAUCAACACCAUUAUCCCAGAAACCCUAGACCCACUCUAAUUUGCAUACCGCCCCAACAGAUCCACAGAUGAUGCAGUCUCUAUUGCACUCCACACUGCCCUUUCCCACCUGGACAAGAGGAACACCUACGUGAGAAUGCUAUUCAUUGACUACAGCUCAGCGUUCAACACCAUAGUGCCCUCAAAGCUCAUCACUAAGCUAAGGAUCCUGGGACUAAACACCUCCCUCUGCAACUGGAUCCUGGACUUCCUGACGGGCUGCCCACAGGUGGUAAGGGUAGGUAACAACACAUCUGCCACGCUGAUCCUCAACACGGGGGCCCCGCAGGGGUGUGUGCUCAGUCCCCUCCUGUACUCCCUGUUCACCCAUGACUGCAUGGCCAGGUAUGACUCAAACACCAUCAUUAAGUUUGCCGACGACACAACAGUGGUAGGCCUGAUCACCGACAAUGAUGAGACAGCCUAUAGGGAGGAGGUCAGAGACCUGGCCGUGUGGUGCCAGGAUAACAACCUCUCCCUCAACGUGAUCAAGACAAAGGAGAUGAUUGUCGACUACAGGGGGAAAAAAAAGGACUGAGCACGUCCCCAUUCUCAUCGACGGGCUGUAGUGGAACAGGUUGAGAGCUUCAAGUUCCUUCGUGUCCACAUCACCAACAAACUAUCAUGGUCCAAACACACCAAGACAGUCGUGAAGAGCGCACGACAAAGCCUAUUCCCCCUCAGGAGACUGAAAACAUUUGGCAUGGGUCCUCAGAUCCUCAAAAAGUUAUACAGCUGCACCAUCGAGAGCAUCCUGACUGGUUGCGUCACCGCCUGGUAUGGUAACUGCUCGGCCUCCGACCGCAAGGCACUACAGAGGGUAGUGCGUACGGCCCAGUACAUCACUGGGGCCAAGCUUCCUGCCAUCCAGGACCUCUAUACCAGGCGGUAUCAAAUGAAGGCCCUCAAAAUUGUCAAAGACUCCAGCCACCCUAGUCAUAGACUGUUCUCUCUGCUACCGCAUGGCAAGCGGUACUGGAGCACCAAGUCUAGGUCCAAAAGGCUUCUCAACAGCUUCUACCCCCAAGCCAUAAGACUCCUGAACAGCUAAUCAUGGCUACUCAGACUAUUUGCACUGCCCCCCCACCCCAUCUUUUUACGCUGCUGCUACUCUGUUAAUUAUUUAUGCAUAGUCACUUUAACUCUACCCACAUGUACAUAUUACCUCAACUACCUCUACUAGCCGGUGCCCCCGCACAUUGACUCUGCACCGGUACCCCCCUGUAUAUAGCCUCCCUACUGUUAUUUUAUUUUACUUCUGCUCUUUUUUUUCUCAACACUUUUUUGUUGUUGUUUUAUUUUACUUUUUAUUAAAAAAUAAAUGCAUUGUUGGUUAAGGGCUGUAAGUAAGCAUUUAACGGUAAUGUCUAUACCUGUUGUAUUCGGCGCAUGUGGCAAAUACAAUUUGAUUUGAUUUGUGGCGGGCCGGGUGCCUGCAGGCUGACCUCGGUCGUCAGUUGAACGGUGUUUCCUCCGACACAUUGGUGCGGCUGGCUUCCGGGUUAAGCGGGCGGUGUUGAGAAGCGCGGUUUGGCGGGUUAUGUUUCUGAGGACGCAUGACUCGACCUUCGCCUCCCGAGCCCGUUGGGGAGUUGAAGCGAUGAGACAAGAUUGAAAUUGGAGAGAAAAAGGGGUAAAAUAUUAUUUAAAAUACAAAGGGCUGCACAACAAAGGGCAAAAAAUCUAACUGAUUUUUGUACCAAAUAUUGUGAUUUUACUUACGAUUAUAUAUCAAAACACUUGGGUAAACUGUUGGGAUCAUAGUAAUAGACUGAUCAUUCUAAUUUUAUGGUUGGAAUACAGAUGGCAUUUGGAAUGCAGUUUUGUUUGGCAUGACAACGAAUGAAAAAGUAAUGGAGAUGAUGGUUGUGACACAGUAGGAACCAAAGUUUGUAGAACCCUUUUGGGUUCCAUAGAGCCCUCUGUAGAAACAUUAAUACUUUCUUUCUUCUCAGCAUAUUAAAUAUUGCCUUCCAGUAACUUAUCGCAACACACAGCAAGACCACAAGAUAUAACAGCAAUUAAUACUAUAGACAGUCCAACCCACAUAACCCACACAGAGAACCACAUUGAGCUAUUCCUUCAAGAUAACCUUUAUGGUUUAUAACCACAUCAUUUAGCCUAUCUCUAGCCUUUAUAUCCUUUGUUUAUGGUUGAUUGGCCUAUAACUGGCCAAUGCAAAAACAUAUGUCAACAUUUCUGUUUAUUUUGUAUGUGUGUCAUAUGUUGGUGGUGAUUAUCACUAUAUGCAAAUCCCCACCGCCUUACUGCAUUCAAUUAGUUUCAUAGUUGCUACAAUGACUCAGUAUUUCUAGGAUCACUUGUAGCAGGCCUGUCUCUAUUCAUUCAUAUCAGACCGGUCACUCUGUGAACUGAUUCUAGAUCUGCUGUGUCUUGCAGCAAUAGACCUGUCUUUAUUCAUUCAAACCAGACCCUGUGUGUUCCCUCCCUCCCUCUCCUAAAAAGGAAGAAAAGAGUGAAUGUGUGUUGUGGAGUUUGCCCUGUGGGCUGUGACUGGGUCCAGACUUCUCAAACAUCAUUGUCACAACAAUACCUGUAGCCUGACCAUAGAAAGACAACGACUAGAUCUAACAUUACACUGAAAGUCAUGUCUGGUGUUGUUCAGGGUUCUCUGCAAUGUCAUACAGUGAGGGAAAAAAGUAUUUGAUCCCCUGCUGAUUUUGUACGUUUGCCAACUGACAAAGAAAUGAUCAGUCUAUAAUUCUAAUGGUAGGUUUAUUUUAACAGUGAGAGACAGAAUAACAACAAAAAUAUCCAGAAAAACGCAUGUCAAAAAUUUAGAUUUGCAUUUUAAUGAGGGAAAUAAGUAUUUGACCCCUCUGCAAAACAUGACUUAGUACUUGGUGGCAAAACCCUUGUUGGCAAUCACAGAGGUCAGACGUUUCUAGUAGUUGGCCACCAGGUUUGCACACAUCUCAGGAGGGAUUUUGUCCCACUCCUCUUUGCAAAUCUUCUCCAAGUCAUUAAGGUUUCGAGGCUGACGUUUGGCAACUCGAACCUUCAGCUCCCUCCACGGAUUUUCUAUGGGAUUAAGGCCUGGAGACUGGCUAGGCCACUCCAGGACCUUAAUGUGCUUCUUCUUGAGCCACUCCUUUGUUGCCUUGGCCGUGUGUUUUGGGUCAUUGUCAUGCUGGAAUACCCAUCCACGACCCAUUUUCAAUGCCCUGGCUGAGGGAAGGAGGUUCUCACCCAAGAUUUGACGGUACAAGGCCCCGUCCAUCGUCCCUUUGAUGCGGUGAAGUUGUCAUGUCCCCUUAGCAGAAAAACACCCCCAAAGCAUAAUGUUUCCACCUCCAUGUUUGACGGUGGGGAUGGUGUUCUUGGGGUCAUAGGCAGCAUUCCUCCUCCUCCAAACACGGCGAGUUGAGUUGAUGCCAAAGAGCUUGAUUUUGGUCUCAUCUGACCACAACACUUUCACCCAGUUCUCCUCUGAAUCAUUCAGAUGUUCAUUGGCAAACUUCAGAUGGGCCUGUAUAUGUGCUUUCUUGAGCAGGGAGACUUUGCGGGCGCUGCAGGAUUUCAGUCCUUCACGGCGUAGUGUGUUACCAAUUGUUUUCUUGGUGACUAUGGUCCCAGCUGCCUUGAGAUCAUUGACAAGAUCCUCCGUGUAGUUCUGGGCUGAUUCCUCACCGUUCUCAUGAUUAUUCUAACUCCACAAGGUGAGAUUUUGCAUGGAGCCCCAGGCCGAGGGAGAUUGACAGUUAUUUUGUGUUUCUUCCAUUUGCGAAUAAUCGAACCAACUGUUGUCACCUUCUCACCAACCUGCUUGGCCAUGGUCUUGUAGCCUUGUCUACAAUCUUGUCCCUGACAUCCUUGGAGAGCUCUUUGGUAUUGGCCAUGGUGGAGAGUUUGGAAUCUGAUUGAUUGAUUGCUUCUGUGGACAGGUGUCUUUUAUACAGGUAACAAAUUGAGAUUAGGAGCACUCCCUUUAAGAGUGUGCUCCUAAUCUCAGCUCGUUACCUGUAUAAAAGACACCUGGGAGCCAGAAAUCUUUCUGAUUGAGAGGGGGUCAAAUACUUAUUUCCCUAAUUAAAAUGCAAAUUAAUUUAUAGCAUUUUUGACAUGCGUUUUUCUGGAUUUUUUUGUUGUUAUUCUGUCUCUCACUGUUCAAAUAAACCUACCAUUAAAAUGAUAGACUGAUCAUUUCUUUGUCAGUGGGCAAACGUACAAAAUCAGCUGGGGAUCACAUACUUUUUUCCCUCACUGUAACUCCCAUCCUGCAUUUAACUUAAUUUAGUCGAUGUUAACUGUGUCAAUUUGAUUGCAGUCUAUAACAAUACAAUGCUAUAUAUACACUGCAUGGGAUAACCGGUAAUAAUAACUAAAUGUGUUUUUCUUCUUGCAGUUUAUUAGAGAAGAUAUGAAGCAACAACAAACCAACAAACACAGUAACCUGCACAGAGAAGACCAACACAUCACUGUGGAAGAGCUGUGGAAGGGAUGGAAAGCCUCUGAAGGUAGGAGAGAAAUGGAAGGACAGAAUGAUGGAGGGAGGGUUAGAAAGAGGAAGGGAGGAGGCGAGAGAGGGAGGGAAGUAGGGAUUGGGAUACUGGAGGUAGGUAGGGAAGACAAAUGUUAAAUGGAAGGACAUGGUGUAACUGACAUUCUCUCUCUGUCUCUCUCAUUUCAAUUCGCUUUAUUGGCAUGAUGAAACAAUGUACAUUUUGCCAAAGCGUACUUUGGAGAUCCACAGUAUUAACAUAAUUAGAAUAAUCAAUAUUGUCAAAGGGACAACAGUAACAACAAUAAUCAAGGGUCAAAAUAACCAUACAUUGAACAAUAACAAUAACAAUGGCAUAGAGGACAUGUGCAGGUUGGUUGGUCUGUCAGACACUGUCCCUCAUUUGAUGCAAGGCAGCAAUAUAGUGGGCUGCCAACCCACAGCUCUCUGCGUCCUCCCCCAACAGGACGGGUAGCCUAUUCUCAUCAGAGAGGUCUUUGAAAUCUUGAAUAAGGGUUUCAAAUUUGGGGAAUGACACUAAUUGUUUUAUAUUUUUUACAUUUUGUCCGGAAAUGCAGCUCUCUCUCUCUCUCUCCCUCUCCCUCUCGCUCUCUCUCUGUAGUUCAUAACUGGACGACGGAGGACACAGUCCAGUGGCUUAAGGAGUCGGUGGAGCUGCCUCAGUAUGAGAGGAACUUCAGAGACUUCCGGAUCAACGGAAACACUCUGCCUCGGUGAGCACUUUAUCACACUACAAAUAGAGUACACCUCAGUAUACCCUCCAAAUUGAGUUGAGGUUCGAGGAGAACACUAACAUUUUGCCAAGGCAGAGAUAAGUGGCCCAGAUCGAGACGCACGAGUACAGCAGUGGACGCAUAAAUUCUACAAAGCCAUUUACUUUCUCUUCAUAUUCUUAUUAUUUCUUAUUGUUGUUGUAUUGUCGAGAAGGAACCUGCAAGUAAGCAUUUCGUUGGACAAUGUAUACCAUUUGUAUCCCGUACAUACGACUAAUAAAACUUGAAACUUGUAGUGGGCCUAAUGACAAUCGCAGAAUGUCAUAACACUUUUAGUUGUUUUGUAACAGAUGUCUCUUUACAUUCAUCAAAUUGUGGGUGCACAGUUAUUUUGUGAGUGGACAAAUGUGCACGGGUAGCCAACAGGAGUGCCUUUUAAAGUGAUUGUUUGACAAUCCGAUGAAAACAUCGACUGGUUGUGUUUAUGCCACAUGAAAAGGUAAUACAUGAAACAAUUAUAAAAGUUAUAUGCCAAAUCUUUACUAUGUCUACUAGGCCCAUGGAGAUCAUACUAAAUUAAGUGAUUCUAUAUGUAAUUCUAUGAUAAGAGCCACAAAACAAAUGUGCACGCGCAAUGCUACUCAGACCAACGCUGCUGACUGCUGGAUAUGUGAGGUAGUGCAGGUGGAAUGGGAAAGAAACUAACAAACGUGACAGAGACACACGCACAAAGGCACGCUCAAACACAUGCACGCACACACACACACACACCAUAUUCCCGCUUCGACUGACACAAAAUCUCCCUACCCAUGUAGUCACAUUAGUGCAAUUUAGUGUACUUACACCCCAGUUUUUAUCAUGACCCCGAACUUGAAACCACCUAUUUAGAUGUCAUCAAUAUGAGUUAGAGAGGUUAUAUUAGAAGCUCUUUAGGAAUGAGAUUCACUGCUAGCUGGACGUAUGUAUAGAAUGAGUACAUGAAAAGAAUAGAGUGGGAGGGGGGAUAGAGGAGGGUGGAAGGGAGUUGAGGGGGAUGGGAGGGGGGGCGUCUAGGGGGUCAGGGGUGUUGUGUUACCUCCCCGUACCUGCGGGCACUGACUCAUGAAAUGAUGUCACAGCAGUGGAUCAGGUGUCGUUGGCUGCCAUGUUGUCUGAUCCAGUUUAAGAUGGUGGUGGUGACACGAGUACACAGGCACGUUCUGACACACACACACACACACACACACCAAUGGCCAUUUAACACAUGAUACGAGAUACAGAAACACACACGUUUGCUUACUUGGACAUGUAUGUAUGCAUGGUUGAACAAGUUCUCAAACAAAUAGAGUAUAGUUCUUGUGAAAACAUUCCCAACCCUCACCAAUCCAUUCUUUCUCUCUCUAUUUCAGAUUAGCGGCGAACGAACCGUCGUUUAUGUCAGGUCAGCUAAAGAUAUUAGACCAGCGGCACAAACAGAAGCUAAAUCUAAAAGCACUAGACGCUGUGCUCUUCGGCCCUCCCUUACGUAAGUAUGUAUGUGUGUCUGUUUGGCAACAGUAUUUAUCAAACAUCAAGGAAAUGAUGAACAAGUGAAUAGUUUAUUUCCAAAAUGCUAUAUCCACCAAUGUUUCACGUGUUUUUUCAUCGGAAAUGAUUGCUUAUGGGUACCUUCAUGUGUUUAAAAUAUUACUAUUCUCAGAUUUUUAAUUCAUAGAUUUUAGAUGUGUAUGAAAUCAGUUUUUUUGCUAAAUGCACUGGCUCGAUUGCAAUGAACAGGCAGAACUUAACCUGCUCCUGCAGGUUAUUGCUGGAUUUCUUAAAAUGCUACAGACUGGAGAUUAUAUGCACCUGCGGGAUAAACUAAGCUUGAUUGCAACGAAAAACCCACAAGGUUAAACCAGCAGAUCAGUUGAUCUCUCGUUGUUACUGUGCCAAGUGAUUAUGAUGCCAGACAACUGGUCUAGAUUCUCUAUUCCUGCCCCCGAUGAAAUGUUGACCUAUCACGAACAUUGGAAACCAUAAGGCUGAUGAUGAAUGUAAAAAUACUUAUUUGAGUAUGAGAAUAUAGAAGUAGUAGGUCUAUAUUUCAUUCAAAUCUUUCACCUUGAAUGGCAAAUUAAUAUAAUAUGCCAUUCUAAAUAACUUUAUAGACUACAUUUUGAUUAAAAAAUAUAUACAGUUCCUUCAGAAGGUAUUCAUACCCCUUGACUUAUUCUACAUUUUGUUGUGUUACAGCCUGAAUUCAAAAUGGAUUAAACAUAAUAAUAAUAAUCUCACCCGUCUACACACAAUACCCCAUAAUGACAAAGUAAAAAUAUGGUCUUAGAAAUGUUUGCAAAUGUAUUGAAAAUGAAAUAGAAAUAUCUAAUUUACAUAAGUAUUCACACCCCUGAGUCAAGGCAUGCUAGAAUCACCUUUGGCAGUGAUUAAAGCUGUGAAUCUUUCUGGGUAAGUCUUUAAGAGCUUUGCACACCUGGAUUGUACAAUAUCUGCCCAUUAUUAUUUUCAAAAUUCUUCAAGCUCAAUGGUCGACAACCAUUUAAGUCUUGCCAUCGAUGUUCAAGCAUAUUUAAGUCAAAACUGUAACUAGGCCACUCAGGAACAUUCACUGUCUUCUUGGUAAGCAACUCCUGUGUAUAUUUGGCCUUGUGUUUUAGGUUAUUGUCCUGCUGAAAGGUGAAUUAAUCUCCCAGUGUCUGAUGGAAAGCAGACUGAACCAGGUUUUCCUGUAGGAUUUUGACUGUGCUUCGCUCCAAACAUAACAAUUGUAUUCAGGACAGAAAGUGAAUUGCUUUGGCAUUUUUUUUUGCAGUAUUACUUUAGUGCCUUUUUGAAAACAGAAUGCAUGUUUUGGAAUAUUUGUAUUCUGUACAGGCUUCCUUCUUUUCAAUCUGUCAAUUAGGUUAGUGUUGUGGAGUAACUGCAAUGUUGUUCAGCCCAUCCUCAGUUAUCUCCUAUCACAGUCAUUAAACUCUGUAACUGUUUUAAAGUCACCAUUGGCCUCAUGAUGAAAUCCCUGAGCGGUUUCCUUCCUCUCUGGCAACUGAAUUAGUAAGGACGCCUGUAUCUUUUUAGUGACUGGGUGUAUUUAAUACACCAUCCAAAGUGUAAUGAAUAACUUCAACAUGCUCAAAUGGUUAUUCAAUGUCGGCAUUGGAAAACCUCCCUGGUCUUUGUGGUUGAAUCUGUGUUUGAAAAUUCACUGCUUUGACUAAGGGACCUUACAGAUAAUUGUAUGAGUGGGAUACAGAGAUUAGGUAGUCAUUCAAAAAUCAUGUUAAACCCUAUUAUUUCACACAGAGUGAGUCCAUGCAACUUAUUAUGUGACUUGUUAAGCAAAUGUUUACUUCUGAACUUAUUUAGGCUUGCCAUAACAAAGGGGUUGAAUACUAAUUGACUCAAGAUAUUUCAGCUUUACAUUUUCAAUUAAUUUGUAAACAUUUCUAAAAACAUAAUUCCACUUUGACAUUGUGGUAUUGUGUGUAGGCCAGUGACAAGAAAUCUAAUUUUAAAUUGAGGCUGUAACACAACCAAAUGUGUAAAAAGUCAAGGUGUGUGAAUACUUUCUGAAGGCACUGUAUGUGUUUUCGUAUGAAUGUACUUACCCUAUGCCGGUUUUCAAUGUAUUUGUCACCCAAAAAGAAGCACAAAGCCGAAUAGUUACAAUCGUUUCAUUAGAACUACACACAUGAACUACAAAUCUUUCGACAACUUGCCGGUCUACAAAAACAUUUUUUUGUGCAUUUUCAUAAAGAACUGGUUGGCAAUGUUCAGUAGAAAAAAAAACCUGUGUAAUCAAAUAUAAUAUACAUCAAAUGGCCAGUAACUAAGUCCUCAACUCGAGCAGGAAUGCUCCAGCAUGCUAACAACACUACAGGAAAUGUAGUUCAAAUUAGACAUUUCUAACGUGUCUUACUUCUUGAGUGUCAAAUAUUUUGAUAAAAGGCAUCGGGUAUGAGUAAAUCAAUACACAAAUACGAAUAUAAUUGUAUGCAUUCGGAAAGUAUUCAGACAACCUUUUUCCACAUUUUGUUACGUUACAGCCUUAUCCUAAAAUGGAUUACAUUAUUUUCCUCAUCAAUCUACACAUAAUAACUCAUAAUGACAAAGCGAAAACAGGUUUUUAGAAAUUUAGCAAAUUUACAGAAAAUUUAACAGAAAUAUCUUAUUUACAUACGUAGUGUAUGUAAAUAAGAUAUUUCUGUAAAUUUUUUUGUAAAUUUGCUAAAUUUCUAAAAACCUGUUUUCGCUUUGUCAUUUAGAAAUGUCCUUGUUUUCGAAAGAAAAACUAUUUUUUUGUCCAUUACAAUAACAUAAAAUUGCUGAUGCUCCAAAUACUCAACUAGUCUCAAGAAGACCAGUUUUAUUGCUUCUUUAAUCAGCACAACAGUUUUCAGCUGUGCUAACAUAAUUGCAGAAGGGUUUUCUAAAUGAUCAAUUAGCCUUUUAAAAAUGAUAAACUUGGAUUAGCAAACACAACGUGCCAUUGGAACACAGGACUGAUGGUUCCUGAUAAUGGGCCUCUGUACGCCUAUGUAGAUAUUCCAUAAAAAAAUCAGCCGUUUCCAGCUACAAUAGCCAUUUACAACAUUAACAAUGUCUACACUGUAUUUCUGAUCAAUUUGAUGUUAUUUUAAUGGACAAAAUUUUUUGCUUUUCUUUCGAAAACAAGGACAUUUCUAAGUGACCCCAAACUUUUGAACAGUAGUGUAUUAUACAUUAAUACGUUUUUAAAAAAUGAUGUAGCAACUUUCAUGAAUUUAACAAUAAUCUUGGAGCUCAUUCAAAAGACCCGGGACAUGGCCCUGGAAGUAUGACGUAGGAUGAUGUACCUUGCACAGGGUAUUUCCUCACUCACUCACUCUCCCCCCUCAGGUCCACAACACAACUGGAUGAAGGACUUUGUGUUGAUGGUAUCUAUAGUGAUCGGGAUAGGGGGCUGCUGGUUCGCCUACAUCCAGAACAAGUCUUCCAAGGUGCACAUGGGUCAGAUGAUGAAGGACUUGGAGAGCCUGCAGAGUGCUGAGCAGAGCCUCAUGGACCUUCAGGGACGGUAUGUAGCCUGAUGCUGUUUAUGAAUGGUUUGUAAAAGGUGUUUAAUUAUGGUUUUUAGUUGGUUUACAAUUGUUUUAAAGAUGAUUUACAAAUGGCAUACACAGGGUUUAGCUGUCUAUUGGCUCUGAUGUUGUAUGUUUGGUGUAUGGUAUGAAGUCUGAAGAAUUAUUAAUUAAGUUAAAUUAAUUUAACUUUAAGUGAUCAUGUUAUAUAAUAGGUUCUAACCCUGUCUCUCUCUCUGUCUCUCUCUCAACCCCCUCCAGCCUCGAAAAGGCCCAGGAGGAGAACCGCACGGUGGCGGUGGAGAAGCAGAACCUGGAGCAGAAGAUGAGGGAUGAGAUCAGUGGGGCCAAGAAGGAGUCGUACCGCCUCCGUGAGCUCCGCCAGGGGGCAGAAUGUGAGCUCAGCCGCCUCAAAUAUGCUGAGGAGGAGCUGGUGCAGGUAGGAACCAUGGAGAGUGUGUUGCACAUCAUUAAGGUAGAAAAACUACCAGUAAUUUACCAAAGUUACCAGAAUUGUCAGCAAUUUUGGUAAGUAAUAUGUAAUUUAUGGAAACUUUGGUAAUUUAUACUUUAAUUAUUUUAAGUUUAUUUUAUUUUCAUCAUAUAAAAUAUGUUUUUUUUCUUAAUAUUAUAUCUGUGUCCAUAUUUUCCAUGAGUUUCUAGUGGAUAGACCAUAUGGUUCACGAGCAAAUAGAAUAAUUCAUGAAAAAAGACUUGAAUCAACAAUGACAUAAUUUGCAAUUAACUCCUCCAACUAAUCAAUCAAUCAAUCAAUUUUAUUUUAUAUAGCCCUUCUUACAUCAGCUAAUAUCUCGAAGUGCUGUACAGAAACCCAGCCUAAAACCCCAAACAGCUAGUAAUGCAGGUGUAGAAGCACGGUGGCUAGGAAAAACUCCCUAGAAAGGCAAAACCUAGGAAGAAACCUAGAGAGGAACCAGGCUAUGAGGGGUGGCCAGUCCUCUUCUGGCUGUGCCGGGUGGAGAUUAUAACAGAACCAUGCCAAGAUGUUCAAAAAUGUUCAUAAGUGACAAGCAUGGUCAAAUAAUAAUCAGGAAUAAAUCUCAGUUGGCUUUUCAUAGCCGAUCAUUAGAGUUUAAAACAGCAGGUCUGGGACAGGUAGGGGUUCCAUAACCGCAGGCAGAACAGUUUAAACUGGAAUAGCAGCAAGGCCAGGCGGACUGGGGAUAGCAAGGAGUCACCACGGCCGGUAGUCCCGACGUAUGGUCCUAGGGCUCAGGUCUCUCAGUUGGCUUUUCAUAGCCGAUCAUUUAGAGUUGAAAACAGCAGGUCUGGGACAGGUAGGGGUUUCGUAGCCGCAGGCAGAACAGUUGAAACUGGAAUAGCAGCAAGGCCAGGCGGACUGGGGGCAGCAGGGUGUCAUCAUGCCCGGUAGUCCUGACGUAUGGUCCUAGGGCUCAGGUUCUCAGAGAGAAAGAGAGAACGAGAGAAUUAGAGAGAGCAUACUUAAAUUCACACAGUAUUAUUGUACAUAAGUAGUAUUAUUGUACAUAACUAAUGACUUCUUCACAACUGCCACCAGUUUGGCCACAAAACAUUUACAACAGAGACAUAUUGACAUAGUCAAAUAAUUAAAAACAGAGUUUUUAACAAAGGUAGUUGAUGCAAACUAGCCACUUGCAAAAUGCACUCAUUAAAAAUAACCUCUGUGAUCUCCAUCUUGCUAGCUACGUGGGCAACAAGCGGAUAGGGCAGUGACAUAGCCAGUGACGUAGUUCCUCUAUGCUAAACUGACGUUGUAUCCGUACAAACAUGUAAGCCGGAACAUUGCUACAAUGUGGGAGGCAACCCGUCUCUCUAGAGAGACUACUUAUGUACAAUACAGUACACUUUUAUGCCAUGUUUUAAUAUUAUUCCAUGCGUGUGCGACGCCUAAAUGUGCCCCCCCUCCUGUCCCCAGGUGCGUAUGGCCCUGAAGCGGGCGGAGAAGGAGAUGCAGACAGAGUGGUCGGUGCCAGAGGCCCUACAGAUGUGGCUACAACUCACCCACGAGGUGGAGGUCCAAUACUACAACAUCAAGAAACAUAGCGCAGAGCUACAGCUCACUGUCGCUAAGGAAGAGGUAACUUCCUGGAGACCAAAUGACAUCACUUCCUAGGAGACAGUGUCAAGUUUAAGUAGGAGCAGGUUUAGGGUGAUUUUUGGGGAUGUAAUGGGUUGGUUCAUUAGGUUUUGAAUUUGUAAAUAAGUUGAGUGUUACAUUUUAAGGUGCAAUAUGGAAAUAAGCCUUUUGCACUUGUGUAAUUGAAAAUGUCUGAAAACACGCACAGACACAUGCACACAGAAACAAAAUUAAAGCUUUAUUCCCCAAUUUUUUUGGGGGGAUGAUACAGCUAAAUUACUUUUUAAUUGCAUUGUUUGUUUUUGCCUUUGUAACUUGCAGUGAGAAUGACUCAUCAGACAAUUCCAGAAGUCAAUUAACUGCGAAGCUGUGAAAGCACACACUGAGGCACAGCAAUAUGUUGCUCUCAUUAAAGUAGAUGUGGUCAUAUUUGACCUCUUGGCCAAAUUUGAGGACUUAUUGAUAAAACUAGUCUCUGUAGGACACCGUAUUGUACACUACAUGGCCAAAGGUAUGUGGACACCUGCUCGUCGAACAUCUCAUUCCAAAAUCAUGGGUAUUAAUAUGGAGUUGGUACCCCCUUUGCUGUUAUAACAGCCUCCACUCUUCUGGGAAGGCUUUCCGCUAGAUGUUGGAACAUUGCUGCGUGAACUUACUUCCAUUCAGCAACAAGAGCAUUAGUGUGGUCAGGCACUGAUGUUGGGCGAUUAGGUCUGGCUCGCAGUCAGCAUACCAAUUCAUCCCAAAGGUGUUCGAUGGUGUUGAGGUCAGGGCUCUGUGCAGGCCAGUCAAGUUCUGCCACACCGAUCCCGACAAACCAUUUCUGUAUGGACCUCGCUUUGUGCACGGGGGCAUUGUCAUGCUGAAACAGGAAAGGGCCUUCCCCAAACUGUUGCCACAAAGUUGGAAGCACAGAAUGGUCUAGAAUGUCAUUGAAUACUGUAGCGUUAAUAUUUCCCUUCACUGGAACUAAGGGGCCUAGCCCGAACCAUGAAAAACAGCCCCAGACCAUUAUUCCUCUUCCACCAAACUUUACAGUUGGGACUAUGCAUUUGAGCAGGUAGUGUUCUCCUGGCAUCCACCAAACCCAGAUUUGUCCAUCCAACUGCCAGAUGGUGAAGCGUGAUUCAUCACUCCAGAGAACCUGUUUCCACUGCUUCAGAGUCCAAUAACAGGGAGCUUUACACCAUUCCAGCCGACACUUGGCAUUGCGCAUGGUGAUCUUAGGCUUAUGUGCGACUGCUCGGCCAUGGAAAGCCAUUUCAUGAAGCUCCCGACGAACAGUUCUUGUGCUGACAUUGCUUACAGAGGCCGUUUGGAACUCGGUAGUGAGUGUUGCAACCGAGGACAGAUGAUUUUUACACGCUACGCACUUCAGCGGUUCCGUUCUGUGAGCUUGUGUGGCCUACCACUUUGCGGCUGAGCCAUUGUUGCUCCUAGACAUUUCCACUUCACAAUAACAGCAUUUACAGUUGACUGGGGCAGCUCUACUAGCAAGGCAGACAUUUGACAAACUGACUAUGACGGUGCCACGUUGAAAGUCACUGAGCUCUUCAGUACAGGCCAUUCUACUGCCAAUGUUUGUCUAUGGAGAUUGCAUGGCUGUGUGCUUGAUUUUAUACACCUGUCAGCAACGGGUGUGGCUGAAAUAGCCGAAGCCACUAAUUUGAAGGUGUCUCCACAUACUUUUGGCCAUGUAAUGUAUAUUAGUGCAUGUAGGAUUGCCUGGAUGCCAGUCUGUUUCUGCUCCAGCCAACAGAUUAUGGUCUUGGCAAGAGAUGUAGCAUUGUUUAAUUUAUUCAUGAACAACAGCUAAACUGGGCAGAAAUUUGGAAAGAGAAGGCACUGAUGUUUUAUUGUAAUAUAGACAGCAAAUAUUGGAUGAUAUGCAUUCAGUGAUGAUAGUGUUACCAUAGAAUAGUCAUAUAGUGUGUAUUUCUUUGUUCCCACAAACAGUAUUCUGUAGUAAACUGUAGUACACUUAAGCAAUAAGGCCCGAUGGGGUGUGGCAUAUGGGCAAUAUACCACAGCUUUCAGCCAAUCAGCAUCCAGAGCCAAACUACCCGGUUUGUAAUAUAGAAUACUAUACUACACUUUAGUAUCCCUCGAUCAUGUGUAGUGCUUACUGUAGAAUGUUGUAGUAUACUGUGGAAAACUAUACUAUACACUUUAUGUAGUAUCCCUCAACAGUGUAGUGCUUACUAUAGAAUUUUGUAGUACACUGUAUUAUACUACAUUAAAUACUACAGUAUUAUCCGCAAAAAAACACUGUAGUAAAUACUACAGUAAUGUCAGCUAAAACACAAUGUUUUUAAACUAUAGUAAUACUACAUUAUUUAAUUUGAAUAUGCUCCACCCAUUCUCAUCCUCCAUACCUCAAUGUGUGCCACCCACAAGUGAGAAACCUACAUGCCAAGUAUAGACCACAUAUUGUGUUCCCUACAGGUUAUAGAAAAGAGCAGAAGCUCUGAACUAUCCAUUCAGUCCCCAGUCUUACAGGUUAUGGGGGGGAAAAAAAUCAAGGUUUCAUCAAGGAGAAAGCCCCCACUUUUAUGUCAAAGAUAAUAAAACAAAAAACACUAUAUACUACAGUAAUAUCUGCAAAAACACUGCAAUAAUUACUAUAGUAUAUACUAUAGUAAUACUACAGUAUUUAUAGUAUAAUAAACUUUACUACAGUAUACUACAGUCAUGCCCACAAAAGCACUACAGUGAAUACUAUAGUAUACUACAGUCAUAUCCAAAAACACUACAGUAAAUAUUACAGUAUACUACAGGCAUGUCUGCAAAAACACUACAGUGAAUACUAUACUACAUAAAUAUAGUAAUACUACAGUAUUUAGAGCAUAGUAUAUUAUAGUAUUUUUUCAUAUGGGUUUCAGGCAGAGAAAAUCAAAAAGAAGAGGAGUUCUGUGUUUGGAACACUUCACGUCGCCCACAGUUCAUCACUGGAUGAAGUGGACCACAAGAUCCUAGAGGCCAAGUAGGAUAACACACACACACACAUGCACGCACGCAUUCACACAACAGACACACACAUGCAUAGACAAAUACGCACUCUCACCCACAUUGUAUUUUCUCAUAUGUCUUUGUCCAUGAGCUGAAUUGAUGUGAAAGACUUGGGGAUUUACUAGCUAUUGAUUACUGAUCGAGACGAGCAGGAUCCCCACAUAUGUCGAAGUCUACCUAGGGUAUCAAUACCUAUUACAAUAACUUGUUGUCCAUGCAUUAGUGGUAUAAGCACAAAAACCCAAGUGUAAUGUCUGGAUAAAGACAGUUGUUUACCUGUUACAGCCAGAAGAGGUUGGACCUCCAAUCUGAACUGGGUGCCUCUUUAGAUUUCUUCCUUCUAGGGAGUUUUUCCUUACCAAUCAAUGUGCUUCUGCUUUUGCUUGCUGUUUCGGGUCUAGGCCUGUUGGCUGUAAAAGCACUUUGUGAUAACUACUGAUAUAAAGUGGGCUUUAUAAAUACAUUUGAUUUGAUUGAUUGAUUGUUCCAGGAAGUCCCUGUCGGAGGUGACGGCCUGCCUGAGGGAGCGUCUCCACCGCUGGCAGCAGAUUGAGAAACUGUGUGGCUUCCCCCUGGUGCACAACUCUGGGCUGCCCAGCCUGACCGCCACCCUGUACUCCGACCACAGCUGGGUGGUCAUGCCCCGCGUUGCCGUGCCCCCCUACCCCAUCGCGGGCGGGGUGGACGACCUCGACGAGGACACGCCUCCAAUCAUUCCACAAUUCACCUGUAAGUAUAGAGGUUGUCACAGAAAUGCAAAUACUCCAGUUAGAGUUGUAAAGUGACUGAAUGUGAGUGUAUGAUCACUUGUUACUCAUUACAUUUAACAAAAGUAACACGUUACUUUGCAAUAUUACUUUGUAGAGAGUAACACGUUAUAUUAUAUUAUUACUUUCAUGAAAAAAAUAUCAAUCUCACCGUUUGUUUGACUGUCAGAGGGAGCAAGGCGAUCACUAGUUCCUCCUUUCAUCUGUGGCGCUGCUUUCCUGUGCUAGUCUACAAAUGCUGCGCUAUAUACAGUUGAAGUCGGAAGUUUACAUACACUUAGGUUGGAGUCAUUAAAACUCGUUUUUCAACCAUUCCACAAAUUUCUUGUUAACAAACUAUAGUUUUGGCAAGUCGGUUAGGACAUCUACUUUGUGCAUGACACAAGUAAUUUUUCCAACAAUUGUUUAAAGACAGAUUAUUUCACUUAUAAUUCACUGUAUCACAAUUCCAGUGGGUCAGAAGUUUACAUGCACUAAGUUGACUGUGCCUUUAAACACCUUGGAAAAUUCCAGAAAAUUAUGUCAUGGCUUUAGAAGCUUCUGAUAGGCUAAUUGACAUCAUUUGAGUCAAUUGGAGGUGUACCUGUGGAUGUAUUUCAAGGCCUCUUUGCUUGACAUCAUGGGAAAAUCUAAAGAAAUCAGCCAAGAAAAAAAUUGUAGACCUCCACAAGUCUGGUUCAUCCUUGGGAGCAAUUUCCAAAUACCUGAAGGUACCACGUUCAUCUGUACAAACAAUAGUAUGCAAGUAUAAACAUCAUGGGAACACGCAGCCGUCAUACCGCUCAGGAAGGAGACGCGUUCUGUCUCCUAGAGAUGAAUGUACUUUGGUGCGAAAAGUGCAAAUCAAUCCCAGAACAACAGCAAAGGACCUUGUGAAGAUGCUGGAGGAAACAGGUACAAAAUUAUCUCUAUCCACAGUAAAAUGAGUCCUUAUCGACAUAACCUGAAAGGCCGCUCAGCAAGGAAGAAGCCACUGCUCCAAAACCGCACAUGGGGACAAAGAUCGUACUUUUUGGAGAAAUGUCCUCUGGUCUGAUGAAACAAAAAUAGAACUGUUUGGCCAUAAUGACCAUCGUUAUGUUUGGAGGAAAAAGGGUGGGCUUGCAAGCCAAAGAACACCAUCCCAACUGUGAAGCACGGGGUGGCAGCAUCAUGCUGUGGGGGUGCUUUGCUGCAGAAGGGACUGGUGCACUUCACAAAAUAGAUGGCAUCAUGAGGAAGGAAAAUUAUGUGAAUAUAUUGAAGCAACAUCAAGACAUCAGUCAGGAAGUUAAAGCUUGGUCGCAAAUGGGUCUUCCAAAUGGACAAUGACCCCAAGCAUAUUCCAAAGUUGUGGCAAAAUGGCUUAAGGACAACAAAGUCAAGGUAUUGGAGUGGCCAUCACAAAGCUCUGACCUCAAUCCUAUAGAACAUUUGUGGGCAGAACUGAAAAAGCAUGUGCGAGCAAGGAGGGCUACAAACCUUACUCAGUUACACCAGCUCUGUCAGGAGGAAUGGGCCAAAAUUCACCCAACUUAUUGUGAGAAGCUUGUGGAAGGCUACCCGAAACGUUUGACCCAAGUUAAACAAUUUAAUAUUAAAAUACUAAUUGAGUGUAUGUAAACUUCUGACCCACUGGGAAUGUUAUGAAAGAAAUACAAUCUGAAAUAAAUAAUUCUCUCUACUAUUAUUCUGACAUUUCACAUUCUUAAAAUAAAGUGGUGAUCCUAACUGACCUAAAACAGGGAAUGUUUACUAGGAUUAAAUGUCAGGAAUUGUGAAAAACUGAGUUUAAAUGUAUUUGGCUAAGGUGUAUGUAAACUUCCAACUUCAACUGUAUGGGCUGCUUCAUUAGCUAUAUAUACUGUAAGUCAAACAUCUGUACAGAUUUCCUAUCUUUUCAUGAAAAAUAUUUUCUCAAGCCGCCAGUUCUGGUUAUAAACCGCAGGCACACGGUCCCAUAGAGAUGUAUAGAGGGCACACUUGCCAUUAGACGGAAGGCCCUCUAUGGGAUUUGCUAUCACAUAAAUUAUCAAUAGCACAAAUCAUAGGUGCUCCCUCUAUACAUUUCUAUGGACAGCAGCUGUCUUGACAUUUCUCCAAACAGCCUUUCUCCGCUCGCUCGAGAACUAAAUGAAGAAACAAGUUGAGAUCGGAUCAUGGAAACAUGGGCCCGGUAGAGAUAUGAUUGUGAAAGUAUUGCGCAUUGUUUGAUAAAGUAACUGUAAUAAUUUUUUUUUGAAAAAGUUACGUUACUUUACAGCGUUACUCAUAUACAGUAAGUAAUCUGAUUUAUAAAGUGAUGAUGGUCAGUACAGCAUGUGAGUGUACUUCGUCUGAUUUUACCUCAACAACGCUAAAAUAGAUUUAAAAUGUGUGUUUUAAGUUGUGUGUGUUCAGUCCAAGUACUAUAUGUAUGACUAUGGUUAUGACCACAUCUGGCAGUGUAACCUACAUCCCGUCUCGCUGGUAUUUCCCAGCAGCCUCUAUAAUGCGGCCCCCUCUGACGCGCAGCAGCAGCCUGUGUCGGUCCCGCCGGAGUCUCUACAGCACCCAGCAGCCUUCAAUGAUGUCUGCCGACCCUGACCUGCUCUCUAUAGCCAGCCCACUCCUCUCCUACCACCCAGAGGGAGAAGAAGAACACAUCCUCUUCAUCGAGAGAAAGGGGUAUGUUACAUUUCACCACCUCUGCCCUCUUUUAUACCGGAUCAGUUUAGGGUAAUUUAUUUAGAAUAUAAGACUUUGAAUGAUGUUAGUUGUGUUGUAACAUUUUCUAUUUCUCUUACUAUCUCUGUCUCGCUGCUCUCUUUCUCUGCUGUCUCUCUUCUCUCUCUCUCUCUCGCUCUCAGGGACAGGGACACUCAGGAUACGUCAUCAGACACAGACUCUCUCAACUCCUCCAUGGGACGGAAACAGUCCUAUACCAACCCCUGCAUGCCGGGCCCAGAGACCCCCUACCGCAAGAUCUCCCGCGAAGAGCUGAUGAUGCUGAGCCAGCAAGAGCCUCAGACUUACAUCCGGGACUCACCCCCUCCUCAAGGGGGAGCCGCGUCCCCCACGACCCCCUCCUCGGCCAACCCCUCCCCUGCCCUGGAGCACCACUCACACUCCCACACGCACAAACACAAGGGCUCACCCGACCUCACCCGUGGCUCCAUCCCAGAGUCCCACAGCAUGUCCUUCGCCACCUCGACGGCGGGCAACAAGGCCGUAUUCAACGGCAUCCUGGAGAAGUCCUAUAGCAUGGGCCAGCUGCCCGCAGGCAUGACGGGGGCAGGGGGGGUGGUGGUGGUGCACUACCCAUCCCUCACCUCACUGGACAAUGAGGGCAGGGGGGCAGGGGGAAAGGAGCAGAAGCUACAGAGUACCUCCUCUCAGGACUCCUGUGACAACGGAGACAAGACCAAGAGGUCCUCGUCCAAGAUCAAGAGCUUGUUCAAGAAGAAAAAGUAG